AUGACGACAAAGGCAGGGGAACAAAAUCAAAGCGAGAAGUCGGAGGCCAAAGCACUGGCCAAGCAGUGGAUGGAACAAGAGGGAAUGAAAGAGCGCGGUGCAGCUGGUCGCAUCAUUCUAGCAGGCAAUCAUUUGACCAGGGCGGACCUGUCCGUGAACUGGGAAAUUGUUGCCAAGGCCAUAAAGGUGUACGGCUCCAGGCCCAGUGUCUUUGUCUUGGAGGAUGCAGUCGCAGAGUUCUUUGCUGGAACACGUCCUCUUGGAAAGCCCGUUCCGAGUAAUUUUGCCAAGAAUCAGGGCUGGAGGAUCCGAAACCUGAUUACGAUGUUCGUGCGGAUUGCAAAGCUUCCACAUCGGCCGACGGAAGAGGGGAUCAGACGAAUCUAUGAGGCUGUGGACAUCCCCAUUCCAGAAGGUCGCUCUUCAUCUUCGUUGCCAGAUGUCAGUGACGUGGAAGACGGUGCUGAGUGUGAGGCUGGAUGCAAGGUGUUUGCUGGAAUUUUGAUAGAAAUGAUUUUGGGUUUGAUGCCAUCAUAUGAUCAGGGAUUGGAAGAGGGAGAAGAAGAGCAGGCCACGGAGGACGCAUGCGAGGAAGCAACCAUGCUCAAUUGA